AUGUCAAUAAAGAAGGAUUAUUUUUCAUUAACAUCCGGCAUUAAGAUAUAUUAUGAACUCUGUUGUUCAUCAUCACCAUCAUCAUCAAAUUUAUCGACAAAAAUAGUAAUGAUUAUGGGGGCAUAUGCAACAUUAAGACAUUUCGAUGAGCUUGUCCAAUAUCUUGUUGAACAUUAUCCAUCAUCAAUAGAAAUAUUGACUUACGAUCAUCGUGGAAUCGGUCACUCAAAAGCAACAACAGCCGCCACAACAAUACGGGAAACAUCAAAUCUAUUAGCCCACGAUGCUUAUCAAUUAAUUAACCACGUAUGGGGUGAUCAAGCUCCAGUUCAUGUGUUAGGUAUGAGUUUAGGUGGAAUGAUAGCGCAAGAAUUAGCUUUGUUAUUAAUACCCGAACAACGUCUUUUAUCGCUUUAUCUGGGAAUUACAACUCGUGGUAAGUAG